ACCAUCAAGUGUACAAUAUAUUUUCUUUUAUAAUUGAGUUUUAGUUAUGAGCGGAGAAAAAAUGAAAGAUCCGAAUUAGUAAAGCUUGCUUCAUCAGGCACCAUCUCUAGCCAACUGUGUUGUCCCUUGGAAUUAACAAGCAUUCUCUUCAAAAGAAAAUUUCGCAGGAAAACGGAAGUUCACGAUUGAAAAACAUAAUGUACAGAUUUACUUGUGCUACUGAUUCUUCACAUAAAAUAGAAAUUGAAAGCAAAGAGAUUAGCAUUGACAUGCCACAAGACAAGGAGCCAGCUAUCCAGUGGCAUAGCGAGUGUUGCAUCUACAAGGUCCCCAAGAGACUUCGCGAGGUAAAUGACAAAGCUUACACUCCAAAGCUUAUUUCAAUAGGCCCUAUUCAUCGUGGAAAUUCGGAGCUGAAGGACAUGGAAAGGCGUAAACAAACAUAUUGCGACAAAUUCUUUCGUCGGACUAACAAAGCCAAGGAGGAAUUUGAAAGAAUCGUUGAAGAAAACAAAAAGAAGAUUUGCGACUGCUAUGCAGAAGAGAUCACUCAACCCUGCGAGGAAGAAUUCGUGAAAAUGAUUCUACUGGAUUCUAUCUUUAUCAUUGAGCUCUUCUGGAUGUCUGCUAAUAAAGAAGAUAGAAACGAGUAUAUAUUAAGUAAACCAUGGCUAAAGGAAGGCAUAACUUAUGACUUGAUCUUACUUGAGAAUCAGCUUCCACUUUUUAUUCUUAAUGAGUUAUAUAGUCAAAGUGGGGAUGAGGGAUGCUUUAUAACACUUGCCUGUAAUUUCUUUUUCCCCGAACACAAGGAAUUACCCACUGAGAUGGAAGGAGUAAAACAUCUCACUGAUCUUCGCAGAAAUUUCUACCGUCCACCACCACUUGAUCAUCUACUCAAUCCGAAAACUGACAGUCCUAUUGAGCAUCUAUAUAGGGCAACAAAGCUAGUGGACAAUGCAGGGCUGAUAUUCCAGAAGCCCAAGCAAUUUGUAGGAGAAAGAGAGUUACUAGACAUUAAACUCAAGAAACCCUGGGAUAUUCGUCCAACUUCAUGUCUCAUGAAUUGCUUCAUAAACUUUUCGGGCUUCAAAUGUUUGCAAACUCGCUUGGUGGUCCCACAAUUUGUGGUAGAUGAUGGAACCGAAGAACUUUUCCGAAAUCUUAUGGCCCUAGAGCAGUGUCAUUAUCCAUCUAAAGCUUACAUAUGUAAUUAUAUUGUGCUAUUGGAUUAUCUUAUCAACAGUAAAGAAGAUGUGGAGUUGCUCGUUGACAAAAGGGUUAUUGUCAACUUGUUGGGUAGCAAUAAAGCUGUUGCUGAAAUGGUUAACAAACUUUGCCUUGAAAUUGUGGAAGUGGAUUCCUAUUACCGUCAUAUCGCUGAUGAUCUUAAUAAUCUCUACGACAGCCAUUGGAACCAAAAUUUGGCAUCCUUGAGAAAUGUAUAUUUCAAGAAUAUUUGGAGAGGCUCGGCAACCGUUGUUGGGGUCUUGGUCCUACUUAUCACUAUCUUUACUUUCCUUAAGCCUUUUGUCUUUAAGAAUAUUUAACUUUCUUCAUUGUGAUAUUUUCAUAUUAGUUGGAAGUUUGGUAUUGUAGUAGUUGUCUUCGAAAUCUUCAAUAUGCUCAGCUUGUAAUAUCCUUUCCUUUAUUUUCUAAAUAAAAUGUGAAAUAAAGUUGUAUGUUUUGUUC